UUUUCAAAAAGUCAUUGCAAGAAAUGUCAGUGCAUUCGUGUGGAGUUAUCAAUCUGUAGGCAACACAUUGAUCACGGCUCUUCUCCUCCUUCUUCCUCUUCUUCUUCUUCUUCUUCUUCUUCUUCUUCUUCUUCUUCUUCUUCUUCUUCUUCUUCUUCUUCUUCUUCAGAGAAACAGAGAGAAGCGAGAGAAGCAAAGAAAAACAGAGCGAAUCAGGAAGAAACAGACAGCGAGAAACAGAGAGAAACAGCGAAAAACAUUGACAAACAGAGAGAAACA